GAUGCCAACCGGUGACUGUUUUUUUAUUAUUGAGAAUUUUCUCAAAGCGAUUUCACUCACACAAAAGGAAAGUGGGACUCCUCUCUGAGCAAACGCUGAAUGAAUUGUGACGAAGCGGCUUCAGAUGCCAUCUACCUGAGCCAUAUUCAUUUUUUGAUAUAGAGAGUAGUUAGUUUCAUUCGAUAUUCAGCAGGGCUGCGCUAUUAUAUGUCUGAGCUAGUAUUGGUACAAGUUGUAGUUCCUUGAAAAGAAGUGAACAGUUCCUUUGAACCCAGUUGCCAAAUAACCCAUUCUCACGACCCCAUUUAAACACAGUGAGAAAAGAAUUGCUGGACUCCUCAACGUUGCUAUUUUCGUCUUACCUGCCCAGGUCAGAUAAAAAAAACUACGUCGUUGUAGCAAAUGCGGACUUUGAUUGUGGCUAGAGCCGAACUUUGCCAGUGGAACCACCCUUAAAAUGUUGGGAGUAACUGCCUUCAAUCCUUUCUCUCCCAGUUUAAUAUGGUUAUAGCCCAGCGCUAGAACCAUUUCCCCAACGGAAGACGCAAGUAAACACGUUUGUUAAAGGUUGUUACAAAAUUUUAGCAUGUUUGAUUUUUUUUGCCUUACAUGAAAAAAAUCGUCUGCCGUUAUAAGACACUGACAACAAGUUCACCCUUUAGCCCUUGGGUUAUUCGGAGUAUAAAAAAAGUUGAAACAUAGAAUGAACCCAAAACUACCAGCUUGAGUGAAGAUGCGGUUGUCUAAAUUUCAAUACUGAACGUGAUAAGUAAAUCAUCGUUAUCGUUCGAGGUUUCAACUUUAGAUUUCAAAUUUAAAAACCAUUACGUCACGACAGCAAAUUCAGAAGUUGGCCAAUCCAAUAUCCAUACUUUAGAAGCGAACUAGAAUCUGAAUUGUUUAGCUGCACAGUAAAUACCGACUUGCAUAGGACAUGUUUCGGCGUCAGACCAAGAUUGCUCGCUUGAGCGGAGAUGACAGUGAACAAUCACUUAGCCAAGGAAGUUCAAAGAGCAAGUCUCACUCCUUGGAUUCCAGUGAAGAUCUUUCAAAAUCGAGUUCAUUGUCAAGUCCAGAGGCUGGUUCGAAAAGGGCAGGCAGCAUUUCUUCAGCUGUAAGCUCAGUGGUGUUAUCCGAUGGCAAUGAAACUGACUUUCCAGUUCGAAUCGUUGGAUGCUUGGAAAAUGUUUCUGGUGCAGGAUGUGGGCCACUGGAUGUUAUAAAUCUGAUUGAUAUUGCUCAGCAAGAAAAUGAGCUACCAUUUGUGGCGACAAAUGAAGAAGCAGUUAUAUCUCUCACAGUACAUGGGAUAAAACUGACGAAAGCCAGCAACAGCACUGUUCUAUAUCGUAUUCCUCUUCACAAGAUAGAAAGAAUUGUUAUAUUCGAUGAUGGACUUAUUGGUAAUACAAUGUUAGCUGUAAAAUGUGCCAGAGAUUUUGAAAACAGCAACAAGGAAGCGAUGUUCAAUAUUCAUGCUUAUCAAUGCGAAAGCAAGGAGCUAGCGCAAGAGGUUUGUAGAAGUUUCAGUCACAUUCUUGAUACAGCAAUUGGUGCUACUUUUCCAGGAAAAACCGUCCAAUCAGUAACAUGAAAACGAGAGGAAGAAUUGUUUUUCAUCACGAAACGCUGCAAUGUUCCCAGGCAUAGAUGAGAACUCACCAUUUGAUUAAGCUGUCCUAAGCUUCUUCAACCGACCGUAAUAGAUUUAGAGCAGGGGUCGGCAACAUACGACUCGCGACGCUUCAUUGAAUUAUAGUAACAAAAUAGCUGUUUUGACGAAUAUAUUCCUUACAAAACAGAAUUCAUUGCGAGACACAUGUAGAUCAAAUUAUAUUACAACCAAUCAAGUAUAUAAUUCACAAUUACUGGCUUAAUGAGCCUAUAAUUUAAUUAGACAACUGCAGAAAAGUUGGUGCUAAGUGCAAGGCUCAAUGGCGCAGAAAAUAUUCAAAUGGAAUUUUUUGAGAUCUGAUCUGUGUGAAAAAAUGUGAUUUGUCGACCAUCCGUUCGGUUUUUACCUUUCUAAAAAUAUGUGCGGCCCAUCAAUGACUUGCAACACUAAAUUUUGGCCCUCCAGCGACAAAAGGUUGCUGACCCU